UAGAAAAGGAAAUCAGUUCAGAUAUGUCUCCUGUGUGAACCUAACAGGAUGCAAGAGGCCAUCUGAGCUGCACUUUUCAAACCCACAGGAACCCCUCCUCUACCAUGUCCUGAGAACAAAGCCUCCUCCAGUCAUGUUGAUAAGAUGGAUCUUGUUGUGCAGCCUUCUAGUAAGGCUGGCUCAGAGCAACAAUCAGGAUUCUGAAAAGUCUGCAAACAUCACCACACCUUCAGCAAAACUUUUAGAUGCCUCUACUAAGUCAAAAGAACAUGGAAAAAACAAGACAUUGCACAUUAUUUAUGCUUCAGUACCCGUGGGUCUGUGCUGUCCAUUCAUCUUCAUAUGCGUGUUUUGGAGUCUAAGGAGGUACUAUGGAAAGCAUAAGAGAACUCCAUCAACACCACAGAGACAAGAGAGCCGGGUCAGAAGUCCAUCAGCUUUUCCAUCCCAUGCUGCUGGGACAACUCCAGCUACAGAUGAAAGCUCCUCACUUUACUGCUCCAUGUCUAGCCCACCUCAGCUCUUGCCUGUCAACAAGAUUUAUGACAGCGUUCCUCACUGUAAUGCUCAGGAGACAGCAUCUAACUCACCUCAUAAUGAUCCUUCCAUCCCAGCUUCACUUGAAAACCAAGAUGUCCUCAUAUAUGCAUCACUAAACCAUUCUGCUUCUACAAAUAAAUACCAGAGAAGGAAACUCCCUAUAGAAAAUGAAUUUAUAGAAUAUGCCUCUAUUAAGGUAAAUAAAUAAACAUGGCAGACUUCACCAAACAGCCAUUUUGUGGCACUCUCAGGUUUAUCUUCCCUCCAGAACACCUUUCCUUUCUUUCCCAGGAAAACUUUCCUUUUGUUUAGAAGAACCUGUGAAUGCUCCCCCACUGCAGACAGGAAUUCAAAACACAGCCUGUGUCAUGCAGAUGGCUGGGUAAUUGCACUGGGUAUUCGUCUCUUAAAUGGCGGAAUUAAAGGAAACACAGCCAGC